AUUCAUAUUAGUGUUAAAACUGUUUCGUUGGCUACAUGCGCGUGUACUUUCUACACUCCAUCGGUUUUUCUUCUUUCUUUCAUCAGCGUGCACUAUAUUUGCAUCGUUUCAUUAUUAUUAAGUGUAAAAAAGUGUAUGAGACGCGUUCUGUGUGAAGAUAGUUUCAAAUAGUAGACCUCGAGAGUUUUGCGAGUAUCAAAGCGCUCUCUCGAGUAACGUCGUGGUAAAACGCUCGUAAUUUUUUUUCGGACUUGCUGCACCUGCACCUUUCGCGAUCUGUUGUAAUCACACGGCGAUAUAAACAACAGUAAUCUGUCACUUACGUCCGUAAUGACGCCACUGCGAAAUGUCGCGCACCGUCGCGUUUCAGCGUAACAGGGGUGUGGAUUGUCAUCGUCGAGAAGAUCAGCGAAAUUCGGCUUGUCAGCCAAAUUUGUCUCGUGCACGCGACACACUCUGACAUAUCGCAGAAACCGAUGUGUUCCAUUCAUCUUCCGUAUAGAAUGCGCUUGUAGCUACGCUGUUUAUAUUUUUCGAUGACCGUUGCAUCAUCGGCGAAUCUUAUCAUGUUACGCGCAAACACGAACGAUGCUCCAAUUUUUUAAGAAGAUUGGACAAAAGGAUAAGUCCGGAUUAGAAGCUUCACCCAUAAAAUCAACGAAUUUGGGAAACUUUCUAACAGAUGCAUUCAAUGGUAACGCGUUGCAAAUUCAAACACCUUCAGGUAUAUUGUGCAAUCUCGAGGAAGAAGAAGAGGAAAAAAUUCUCAACAAUGAUGCUGAAGAAGCAUAUGCCUUCAGCUCUCGGUUAUCCAAAACUCUACGAGAAGUACUCACAGACAAGAGUGCUCUCGGUUAUUUCAUUCAGUUUAUGGACACCAGGAAAAGUAUAGCUCUCAUAAAAUUCUGGUUAGAGGUGGAAUGCCUGUGCAGUGCAUCUGGUAUUACAAAUAAGGAUUCUGAGAAAUCUGAAUGUACUAAUCAAAAGGAACUAUUAGAUGCUAUGCCUACUUCCUUAGAAGAUAAUGAGAAUUUUAGCUGCAAAGCUAACAAUGUAAAUAUACAAGUGAGCAAAGAAAUAUCGUUCAAUGAAAAUGUGGAUAAUAGCAACGACACAACAUCUGUGUUAAAUGAUAUGCCAAAGACUAGUAAAGAGAUAAAUAAAACACGACAAUCAAACUACGAUUGUGGAAAUAAGAGACACGACAUGACAACGACUAAGCAAGAUGCUUUGAGAAUUUACAAGAAAUACAUUCUCAAAGGAAUUCUUGGUACAAAUCAAAUAUCUGAAGAAUUACGAUCAGAAAUGGAGGAGGUUAUGGUGCAAGAAAACAUUGAGCCUAUAUUACGGUGCCUAUCUACUGUUCAAAGCCUAGUAUACGAUAUAUUAGAGAAUGAAUAUAUCAAUGAUUUUUUACGAAGUGAAUUUCAUUGUAAACAUCAGAUUGAUGUGCUCACCAGUGGCAAUGUACAGUUAGUAGAUAUAUUGUAUAAUGAGACAGCAUUCUUUUACUUCAUGGAGUUUAUGGAACUCGAGAAUAAACGAGAACUGUUGGACUUUUGGAUGUCGGCUAUAAGUUAUAAACAGAAUCUUUUAGAGAAGAAAGGUGCAGUCGAUCCCGAAGAGGCGCAGUCUGAUGCUGUUAUUAUUUACGAGAAAUAUUUCAGUUUGCAAGCAACCAUGCCUCUCGGAUUUAGCGAUAAAAUUCGUUUUCAUGUAGAACAAAAUAUAUGUCGUGAAGAUGAAAGAGGUCCGCAACCUGAUUGCUUCGAUAAACCCAGUAAAAUUGUAUAUAACUUUCUCAAUAAGCAUUAUCUCCCGGCGUUCUUAUCAUCACAACUGUAUUAUAAAUACUUAUCAGAGCUAAUCAGCACGAUUCAGAGCAGUCCAUGUCCAAGUUUACAUUCUAAGAUAAGGAGGACAGGUUCAGAUUGCAGCAGUGAAGUAAGCUCUGUGUGCACUAGCAUGCCAAAUACUUCUAUAAUAGGAAUUAAUGACGGCAGAUUACCUGAUAAUAAAAAGAACAUUAACAGUAACUUGAAUAUCGAUACCAGACAACUUUACGAUCCAGAUUCCUUGUGGCGACGUAAUAAAUAUAGCUUAAGCAUUGGUUACAUUGACAACUUAGGUAGAUUUAUUACUGAAAUAGAACCCGAUCCUCAUAGAAAAUACGAAUCUCGUCUAACCCGUGUUGUAAAACGAUUUGUAAAUAUAGAACAAGAUAAGGCUAAAGAGGAAUUAGCGUGGAGAAUCGCUGAGAUGAUUAUACGUGAAAUUACAUCUUUAACUCUCGGAACUUCAAAUCAUCUUUCUUGAUGGUGCAAAUAUGACAUGACAAUUGUUAAGCUUAAAUUCUUAAGAAAAUUCUUCUUACAUUGUACAUGUGUGUAAGUAAUUCUGUUCUUUUGUUUCGAACGUAAGCACAACAAUAUUGCAAACUUUGCCAAAGUGCCAAACAUUGAAUAAUCAAUAUAAAUGAAAAAUUUCACUUAAGCUCGUAAAACACAAACAUGUAUGACAUAUUUUAAAAGUGCAGAGAAUUAUUGAAAAGGAAAAUGUAUCCUUAUAUCUUUGUUUUUAUACUUUUAUAUUUUAAGAUUAUUACCGUGUAUGUCGGAUGAUAUACAUGAAGAUUUUGUUUGAAUUUGUAAUCAUUGUAAAUAACUUUAUUCAAAACUGACAUAUAUUUUAAUAUCUUCUUACACUUUGUAACAAUCUUACAAGCAGCAUAAUUUCUAAUAGUUUUUGUAACUAUUAAGAUCUUCUUAUUCGUUAUUAAUUUAUGACACAAUGGUCGGUAAAAAUAUUCAAACGGAAAAUAUUUAAUCAAGUACACAAUUUUUUCAUUAGUCAUCCUCAACAAUAAAGAACAUUCACAGAUGUUUGUACUUGUAUAGAUGACUUUAUGUGAGAAUUUUUAGUCGAUUAAAUAAAUGAAUAAUUUUAUACAAAUUCUUCAUUUUUUGUAUUCUUCGUUAUUUUUAUCAAUAAUUUUAGUUUCAUAUUUUUUUUAAUCUAUGAAAGGAUAAAUUGUUGAUGUUAAUUGUGUUGAUUUUUUUCUCACUUCUGACGAUAACUAAUGUAGAUAUUAAUAAAUUCGUAAGAUUUUGUACUUUUUUCAUUGCUGAGAUUUAUAUAAACGAUAUUGUUUUAGUAUUGUAGAAUAGGAAAACAAUGUAUGUCUUUGUACAUAUACAAUAAUGCAUGUGACCGCUGUUGAUCGUGAUAUUAUGAUAUAGAAAAAAAAUUAUAUUUUAACAUUAUUUAGCAUAUAACACGUAAUACUUAAGUACAAAAUAUUAUUA